UGCCGAAUGCUUUUCUGUGCUCAUGCGCUAGAGAAAUAUCGAUUGGCCUUGUCGGGCAGCUUCAUGCAUGUCUAUUCCAUGUGCCAUAUUGACUAAUUAUACAUCUACAUCUAUAGUUAUACGAACGUGCCGAUAUUGCUUAUAUUUAUCCACAAAAACGUGUUCUCCGUGCUUUUAAAUCAUUACGGGACAUUCUCUUUUAUUAGGAACAUUUUUUUUUCUCGAUCAACGAAUAAAAACUCCUGAAAAUAUUAUUACACAUUGGGAUUUAAAACCGACAUUAAGCAAGAAUAUUUUACCUGUAUGCUGUGUGCUCAGUGCGGUGUGUGUGUACACACGCGGUAAAGUAAACGGAUCAUCACCUGUGCUGACUAAGGGAAUUUUUCUUUGGAGGGCGGAAACGGAGCAGCAGUGCUGGUGGAGAAGCAUCCAGCCCCCCGAAACGUGGCGGUCGUCUGAGGCGAUCAUUAAGCAUGAAGAAACUACGGAGGAGUUUCCGGCGGAAGGAUGCAAGAGUACCGACAGCGAGUAAACCUCACCAGUGGCAGCAGGAUGAGAAACUGGUUCGAGCUGGCUCUUGCAAUUUCUCUGUCAAAUAUCUUGGAUCCAUUGAGGUAACGGAAUCUCGUGGAAUGAAUGUAUGCGAAGAGGCUGCGAAAACUUUGCGUGAUAAUGGAAAGAAAAAAGUACGAGCAAUACUUUGGGUUGCUUCAGACAGUCUUAGAGUUGUUGAAGAAGAUGCCAAGGGCCUGCUUGUAGACCAAACUAUAGAAAAGGUGUCAUUUUGCGCACCUGAUCGUAAUCAUGAUAGAGGUUUCUCCUACAUUUGCCGAGAUGGUACCACGAGACGAUGGCUCUGUCAUUGUUUCCAAUCACUCCGAGAUCCUGGAGAAAGACUUAGCCAUGCUGUAGGCUGUGCAUUUGCAGCGUGUUUAGAAAGGAAACAGCAACGAGACAAACUAUGUGGGGUCAAAGUUGAAUUUGACGUCAAUAAAACAACGUUCACACGACAGGGCUCAUUCCGACAAGCAACAAUGACCGAACAACUGGCUGAAGCAGAACAAAACAAAGACAAAGAAAAUGAAGGUACUCAACCUAUUGGUGGGGCAUCAGUUAAUCCAUACGCCAUUCCUCGACGUCAUGCCCCAGAUUCGUUACUUCAGCGGCAAGGCUCAUGUCGUCUGUUUCCUGCCUUAGACACCCAGUCACCUUUUAAGAGAAAUUUAUCGUUACGAUUGAAUGAACUGCCCUCAACGCUGCAGAGGCAACAACAGACUUUGCAUUCUCAUCCUGAAUUAUCGCCAAUACACAGUCCGACUCGCGAAGAGCAAGAGGAAAUCUCAGAACAGAAUCCCGAAGCCAAGACGGAUAUCGCAGGUAUGUGUCAGCAGCUUAGCCAAGGGUUGUUCCAGCUAAGUCAGGUACCAGACAACCAACCACUGUCUUCCACGCCAAUGGCCCCAACCAAUAGACCUAACCCUCAUGGUCAUGCAGCACUUCAGCCAGUUGCUACACCAAUCCGGCAAACGAAUCCAUGGGCAAAAGAGGAAUCUGAGGUCGUAGCGGGCUCACUAAAAAGUACAGAUACACAUGCACCAGUGCAGAAGUCAUAUAAUCCAUUUAUACAACAACAAAAUGGGCACGUGAACGGACACACCCACCCUGCCGUAAGCAGCCAGCCUGCCGGAAACACGCUUGUAUCGGCCCAAGUUCAUUCAGCGUUACCGGUCAACUACAACAACGCAAACAGCACAGCCGGAGAUGUGCAACCAGCCAAUCAGAAUGGUCUAGCGGGAAACUGGACCAGUGAUAUGUCCAACAGUCUGCCGGCAAUGGAACCGGCUCCAGCCCCGGCCAAUUUCGAGGCUCGAUGGGAGGCCUUUGGCGAUGAGACCAAAAUGACCAACGAAAAUGCAAAUAAUCCAUUCGCAAAUGCUGUGAAAACAUUUGAAGUGAAUCUAUGAUCUGGAAGCAUUCGUGUCCCCUACCCCAUCUCUCAAUUACUCUUUCUCAGAGAAUUUUUAGUGAUAAAAAAGAAAACUAUUUUGAAUAUCGGUAUAUUGUCACUUGUUUGAUGUCUGUUUCUUGUGAUGUGGAUUUUACAAAAGAUGUAUAGUUUUUAAAAAAAAUGUGAGAUUCUCCACUGUACAAACAUUUAAAGUAAAAAAUAAUUACAUUAUAAAAAAAAUCAAUUUCAUGAAAUUAAAUUUUAUUUUCCACUUGGUAAUGGGUCAUUUAAUUAUAUAACCUUAAAGGUCAAAGGUUUACUGUAGUUGCCUUGGUAGUUAUUAUUAUGCUGUAUUCCAUUUUUUCAUAUUUUUAUUUUUGUGUUUCUCAUUUGUAUUCAAUUAAUAUUAUUUAAUUGAGUUCUAAGCGACAGUAAAAUUGCCAGAAUUUAGUGAGGUAAUAUGAUACAUAAACAAAAAUAAUUCCCUACAAAUUCAGGUCUGUAUUACUUAAUUAUGCCUAUUAUUUUAGGAGUGAGAAAUUGAAUUAAUUAUGAUUAAUUAUAUUUCUUAAAUUAAAUCAUAUAAUUUAGAAGGCAAUAUUUGAAAAUUAUACAUCAACAGAUUAUAAUCUAUUGAACAAUUGAAACUAAACCAAAUGAAUAGUUCAUAAAUCAUGAUUUGAAAAUUGUUUUUUGAGAGGUCAUUGACCCAAAUAAUAUUUCUUGGCAUAUAUUAUCAGGUUGUCAUCCAGACAUUUUUUGAUCAGAAUUAUGAUGAUGUGCUGUAGAGGAACUCAAUGUCUGAUUAGAAAUUUGUGUCUGACGCUGAAAUCUGAUAGUGUCUACCAAGGAUUGCAGCGCCCUCAACGUCCACGAACUCAACCCAGCUUCACAGAGUGUUCUUGCUGAUAAAGUGUUUGUAUUCAUUAGGUAAUGAGUUUUUGCUGGGCAAAAACAUUAGUGUUUUUGAUACCUGUGACAUGUACAGCAUAGAAGCUAUAGUGUAUUGACAUGUGAUAAUUUAACAAUUUCUAAACGCAUUCCAGACAUAAAGAUGAAAUAUCCUCAUAAUAUACAAAGUUGAAUAAAAUCAAGUACUUUGUUACGGACGUGGUAUUAGUUCUUUUUACGACUAGGACUAUGUUAUUUUGGUGGGUUUUUUCCCGGAUUUAGAUAUGUCUGUGUAUGACUAUUCAUGAAAGUUGGUUAUUAGGUUUUUGAAAAGGAUAGCAGAAAAUGUUAUGUUUUAUAUUGAAGUGCUUUAACUUAACGUAAUGGAAGAAACUGCUAUAUCGCCUUGGAUGUGAAACAUUAUUCAUUAAAUCUGUAGGCCCGUUGUUGUACAGUAGUGAUUAAUAAUUCGUAGUCUACUCACAUUUUAUCGAUAUUGCUUUUUACAAUAUUAAAAACUGAUAUUUUUACAAAUAUUCACUUUCGAAUGACAAGUGAUAUCUAGUCAAUGUAGUAAUACUUGACUUUUUAUUAUUAUAGUAAUUUAGAUGAUUGUUUAAUGUAACUAAAGCCAAAUGGUAAUUUCUUCAAAUUUUAAUAUAGAUUGUGCUGCUUAACUUGUUAUACUGUACAAUGCAUUAUUUGUACAAAACGUUGUAAAGUUGUGUGUUUGUAAAUGUGCAUUACUCAGCGUGUUAAUGAAUUAAUGAGUAAGACUUGAGAUUUUUGAAGUCGGGCUAUUAAUCAUGCUCAACUUUUCAAAACUAUAGGAAAACUUGUCGUUUUUAAAAGUUUUUUUUUUAUCCGGUAUACCAAUUUGGUGAUUCAGAUUUUGAUUUAAACAUUUUUAUUUGGUUGUCAAUCGCAACAAAUUGGUAUUUCUCUAAUCUCUUAGGGGCCAUGAUAAUUUAAGCUUUUGGUAAAGGUUGUCCGUAUUUAGAAAUUAUUCUGUAGAAUUUAGAUUUCCUGGUUCACAUGUUUUUUUUUCACUUUUAAGGACACUUUGCAACAUACACUAUUAGGUAAUCAAUGCAUUUUGCAACAUGCACUAUGAGGUAAUUAAUGCAUUUUGUAGGUAAUGCAUUCAUCAGUGAUAGAAAAUCAAUUUUCAAUAUACCUUGAGAAAACAUCUGACAAUGUUUUAUAAAUAUAAUAUAAUAAUAUAUUAAUGUUUAUAUCUUGUUUUAUCAUCAUGGAUUUAAUUGUGAAUAAGUUUCCAUGAUUUUCAUAAUGACAUUUUAAAGGUGAUUUUCCUUCUACUCUUGAUUAAAGGGUUUAUUACUGUCAUGGAUUGGUCACUGUACAAAUAGGUCAUUGACCUAAUGUUUGUAGAUAAUGUGGUUUAUUUUAUCUCACCUUGAAAAAACUAUCUUAUUCUUGUACAUAUAAUGCGGUAAAUAUAUAAAGGUUCAUUUACAAAAUUACCAAUCAAGUUACAAAUUUAAAUGCACAACCUAUUUUAACAAAAGUAUUGAUACAUUUUAUUUUUCUUCUAAAUAUGAUCAACUUGGUUAUUUUACCACAGGUAGUGGUCAUGAUUUGUAUGCUUACCCUUCUUCUCUUUUAUCCGCGCCCCCAUCACUUAUUUCCUGCAUACUCUGCAUGUAACUGGUGUCAAUUUUCCUUAGUGCAUAGCAAGAAUUAUAUUUCGUGCACCUUUUCAGAUUGAUUGAUUAGUUUUUGUUGAUGUCCCCACCACCACACCCCCCCCCCCCCCUUUUAACAAAUUCAUCAUCAUUUAGGAAUUUCAGUAAUUUUUGUAAAAGUCUUUCUCUGAUUUAUCCAUUAUAUAUUUUUUAUAGGUAUUUCCUUAUGCAGUCAAAAUGAUUAAUUGGUUUCCAAGUUGUUUAUAACUUCACCUUCUGGUAUUUCCAAAAAUUCAUGCUUAUUAUUUUUUGAUUUAUUUUUAUUAAAAUUAUUUAUUAAAUCCAAAUUACAUGGAAGUUUCAGUUUGAAGGUGAAAAAAAAAUCAUAACUGAUAAUCAUGUAUUUCGCAGAGAAUCACAAGAAAUAUACCAUGAGAAAAAUUGGAAUUUGAAAUUAUAUUCAUCAUUACACUAAUAAAAAAUAUCCAUUUAAUGUUUUUUUACAGUUUUGAAAAACAAUUUUGGCCAAGUUACUGAAGAAUGAAGUCAGACAAAAGUUAUUCAUAUACUGUGCAUGUAUAAUUUCAAAUAGUGUUUUUAAUUUUUAAUUAUUCCUUUUGUUUCAUAUAAUUAAUUCCUUUAUAUAAUUAUCAAUAUCAUUUUUAAUUGUUUAUUAUUACUGUAUUAUUAUUAUUAUUAUUUAUAUAUAUUACUUUCUUUACUGUAGUAACCCAAUGCUGAUAAUUUUACCUAUAUAGAAUUCCUUAAUAUGAUUUAUUCUAUUUGUAUUAUAUUUCCUAUGCCUUUCUUUCUAUGUUAAGUAUACUAUAUAUUAUAUACAAGUAUCAUAAUAAUUACCAUUUAUAUUAAGUAUACUAUUGUUAUUAGUACGGUAACAUGUUAUGAUCUUCAACAUCACUACAUCAUAUUUAUUUUUUCUAUUAUUGCAAACCUUAAACAUGAUUUAUAUGUUAACUUUUAAGUGUGAUCUUCACCAGAGCCUUGGAUAUGGUUGCUAUGGGUCCAAAUAAACGAACAUGUCCUGGUACUUCCUGUGUUAUUGAUAAUUUAUUUUUUUCAGUAAAAAUAAUAAAUUAAUUAUAGCUAUAAACAUUUAUAUUAUAAAAAAUGAAAUAUGAUUGGCUUUUACUUUUGUAUAUGUUUUUAUUGACUGAAUUACCAUUGGUAAUGCAUCUGUGAUGGUUAUCAAAAACCUUUUUGUGCAAAACAAAUCUUCUAGGUUUCCUAUUUUCUUCAAAAUGCCAUCAUCACCAUUAUUUUCUUUGUGUUGCUAACUUCUUGCUUGCACCUUUUUAUGUUACAAAAAGAGGAAUUUAGAAAGCAGUAAAGUGUGGUAAUGGAUUAUGUUUUGUUGGCUGUAAAUUUGGGAAUUUUGUAAAUAAAUGACACCAUUUACGUAUUAAAAUA